AUGACGGGACCGGCACCGGUUGGCGGAGACAGCUGGGUCGACUACAUCGACCAGCAGCUCCGUGAGGCCACCGAUCUCGAGGCCCGUGUCAAUGUGAUCGAACAGUUCCGCCGCGCCGUUUCCGCCGAGCCCGGCUGCAUCAAAGUAUGGAUGGCAUACUGCGAAUACUUCUGGUCGCUCCACUCCGACUGCCAGCCCGGUAGCGACGCCGGAUGGUCUCAGGAGGACCAGAUGAUCGGUCGCGAAACAUUCUCCCUCGAUGCCGCCCUCAACCUCUGGCAGGAGGGAUACGAGGCCGUGCGCUAUCGUCUCAACGACAGCCACGAGCUCUGGAACCGUUGGAUUUCCCUCGAGAUGGAGCUGCUUGCCAAGACCAGGACCGAGCAGGGUGUCCGGCGCAUCACCCACCUCUUCAAAGACCGCCUCACUAUCCCCCACGCGACCUGGGAGAAUACGUCGCAGAUGUUCUCGAGCUUCCUCUCCGAAUAUAACCGCCAGGCGUACGAGGCCGAGAUGCUGCAAGUCACCGAAAAUGCGAGGGACGCCAAGCGACGUUACGAACCGCGCGACCCUUUCGAGAUGAAGCUUGCCGUGGCCACUAGGUCGGGCAAUCCCGAUGAGCAAAAGACCCUUCUUAGCCAAUACCUUGACUGGGAGAUGAGGGAGUGCAGGGUGAACCGCGAUGAUAUCGUUAGCUUGGAGAUAUGCCUCGCUCUAUAUUCCCGCGCCCUUACCGGCAUAUACGCCGCUGACGAAACCACAUGGAUCAACUACAUCGUCUUCAUUUCUAGCACCCACUCGGAAAUCAAGUCCGGCCGGGUCAAGAAUCCCAACAUGGCCCAGGCCGUUCCUAACAUGCUAGACUCUCUGCAGCGCGCCGUGCACCACAUUCCCUGGUCCGGGACAGCCUGGGCACGCUAUAUCCUGAGCGGUGAAGAGGCCGGUCUGUCGUUUUCGGACAUGGAGCGAAUCAAGCACGCCGCGACCAGCAGCUCCCAGCUUGACAGAGAUGGCAUGUCGGGCGUCCUCGAGAUGUAUGCCGCUUGGUGUGGCUACUUGAAACGCACGGCCAUGGACACCAACGCCUCCGAGGAAGCAGUCGACCUGGCAGACAUAGGGCUCCCCGUCGCCCUGGAAGACGUCCAACAUUGGGGUAAGCGUCGAUACGGCGACGCUUAUCAGGGCGAUCCCAAUUGCCGUCUCGAGAAGAUCUACAUCCAAUACUUGACCGAGAAGAAGGACUGUCCGGAGGAUGCCCGCGUAUUGUGGGAGCGCCUGUCACACAAUGACCUGUACGCCAAUAGCUACGACUUCUGGCUCAGUUAUUACUUGUGGGAGAUGGUCGUCUUCUCUUCUGCCAAAAGCAAGGCCAGGAGCCCUACACCGUCCAUGACCGCGCAGGGGCUGAGAGUCCCCAACCUCGCGACGCAGAUAUUCAUUCGCGCCUUGCGACAGAAAACGCUGGACUGGCCGGAGCGAGUCAUGGAUGUCUACCUUCAGCACUGUAACGAUUACGAGCAGACAGACACUCUGCGACAGGCCCUCGACACCGUCUACAAGACAAAGAGGAUCGUCAAUAAACGGCGGGAGAGAGAGGCCGCCGCAGCCCAGGCUGCCUAUGCGGCAGUCCCAACCCAUCCGGGGCAGCAAGCUCAGAGUCAGACCAUGACGGAUGGUAGUCAAGGAUCACCCAGCGGCGGGAAGCGGAAACGAGAGGGGAGCCUUGCGGAAGAAGGCGAGAACGCAAACAAGCGGGCCAGGAGUGACAUGGUCAACGGAACGGAGCUUCCCAUGGAUGAUCAGGAGCAGCAGACGCUGAAGCGCGAUCGGGAGAACACGUCCGUCUUCGUCAGCAACCUACCUGCCGAGGCUACACAGACGAAGGUGAGACAAUACUUCCGCGAGUAUGGCCACAUCAACAACAUUAGCUUCGUAAAGAACGACCGAGACAUAGUUGCGCUCGUCGAAUUUCGCUCGCCCGAGGAAGCACAGUCCGCCCUGCUUCGAGACGGCAAGUAUUUUGGCCAGCAGCAGAUCACCGUGAGAGCUGCCACUGGAUGCACCCUCUUCGUGACCAACUACCCUCCCGAGGCCGAUGAGCGCUACAUCCGCGGCUUGUUCAACGGUUGCGGCGAGGUCUUCAGCGUGCGAUUUCCGAGCCUCAAGUACAACACCAAGCGCCGCUUCUGCUACGUCACCUUCUACAACUCCGAGGUAGCAGCCGAGGCUACGAAGCUCAACGGCAAAGUCCUAGACAGCAAAUUCAAGCUUCUAGCGAAGUACUCGGAUCCCCAAGGAAAGCAACAGCGAUCGGGAGCGCAGGCCGAAGGACGAGAGAUUCACGUGUUGAACCUGGCCCCGGACACAAAGGAGGAAGAGCUGGAAACCGUGUUUGCCAAGCACGGCACCGUCAAGAGCGCUCGCAUUAUUCGCAACAUGGCCGGUCAGUCCCACGGCUCUGCCUUCGUGGCCAUGGAGACCAAGGAGCAGGCCCAGGAGGCCAUCAAAGAACUUGACAAGAUAGCCUUCCGGGGCCGGGUCCUCACCAUCGAACUGUCGAAGCCGAAGAACUUCAAGACUACCGCGACCAGCCGAGGAACCCCGGGCCCCUCGAUGAGCCCUUCCCCCGCGCCCAGUGGGCCCGACGCCGAGGGCGACGAGUCGAUGCAGGAUGGCGCGUCCGGGUCGACCCAGGGCCGACAGUCUCGCCCCGCCGAGAUCGCCGCGCGCACCAUCGCCGUCCUAGGGAUCCCGGACACGGUGAACGACGCCCGCGUCCGCGCCGUGCUCGAGCCCAUUGGCGAGAUCGUCAAGCUCGUCCUCCAUGCCACCCACGGCGGUGCGGUGGUGGAAUUCGCCGACGUCGCCACGGCCGGGAAGGCAGCCCUCGCCAUCGAGGGCACCGAGAUCGAGCCCGGCAAGAAGCUUCGCGUCGGCUCCGUCGCCGACAUGUUCAAGGCGAAGGCCGAGACGAGGAUCGACCGCAUCGACCAUCCCGCGCCCUCGGGGACCAAGGGCAGCGGCGGAUCCGGGAGGCCCGCGAGCGCCCUGAUGCCGCCGCCGCCCACCGUGCGCCGACCACCCGUCCUCGGCGGCCGCGGCGGCCGCGGCGGGAAGCGCGGCUUGGGCUUCACCGGGAGCGCCGCGAAGAAGACGACCGAAGCCCCCGCGACCAACCGCGGAGUGGCAGCAAAGGCUAACGGCGCCGCGCCGGCGGCGGCGAAGAGCAACGCUGACUUCAAGGCCCUGUUUCUGGGGGGUGGCGGACGCAAAGGCCAGGGUGGCACCGAGGGUUGA